UUGGCAGCAGGAGGAGAAAUUAAAAAUAUGUAGGAGCCGUGCGUAAAAGUCCACAAGAUUCCUGUGAGGGGUUGAUCGUCGGUUGUGCCAAAGUGCGACUCGAGGAGCAGCUUAUUCAUGCAAAUUCAUAAAAUCAUAGGCGUGCCUUUGGGCGAUGGAAUCACAGCCGGAAAAGCAAACCCCCUCUUGGAUCAUCAGCGACCUUCAAAGACUGUGAUGCGCAGCGCUCGGACGCAUUGACGGCGGCACCGGGGCAAAUGUUUUAAAAGGACAGAGAAAGAGAAGAGAAAGUUAGGACUCGUUCUCUCCACGCCUCUGUUGACUGGCUGCACUUCUUCCUCCAUACAACCACCAGCUCGACUGCUGCGCCACUGGAUCUCCAACCGCAGGCUUAUUGCGCUAACUGUAAACUGCCGCAACUAUCAGUUUGCCUUGGGGUUUUUAAUAUUUAUUUGAUCUUAUUUUUUAUUUGUUUGCAGUCAGUUCAGACGACUCCAAAUACUGAGAACCCUGAUGCGGAUGAAGUUAUAGGCACCCUGAUAUAUCGAAUUUGUUCGAGAAGACGCGACCACCGACUAUAGUGAGAAAACUUUAAUUUAUUUCAACCGCUGAGGACUUUUCACCCCUCACCAUGUCAGAGGACGACAGUAGCUCCAUCACCAGCUGCGUGUCUGACACGGAAGGCAGCAACGUUAGCGUCCUCAGCUGGGAGCAAGUGCAGCGGCUGGACGCCAUCCUGACGGAGACCAUUCCGAUCCACGGCCGGGGGAACUUCCCCACUCUGGGGAUGCAGCCGCGGCAGAUCGUUAAGGUGGUACGGAGUCGGAUGGAGGAGAAACAGAUCCACGUCCGGGACGUUCGGUUAAACGGCUCUGCAGCCAGCCACAUUCUGCACGGGGAUAGCGGACUGGGCUUUAAGGACCUUGACCUCAUAUUUUGCGCAGAUAUGAAAGGUGAAAGCGAUUUCCAGACUGUGAAAGACAUCGUUUUGGACUGUCUCCUGGAUUUUUUACCCGACUGUGUGAAUAAAGAGAAAAUAACCCCUCUGACGUUAAAGGAAGCCUAUGUUCAGAAGAUGGUGAAGGUGUGUAAUGACUCAGACCGCUGGAGCCUCAUCUCCCUCUCCAACAACCGGGGGAAGAAUGUGGAGCUGAAGUUUGUGGACUCUCUUCGGAGGCAGUUUGAGUUCAGCGUGGACUCCUUUCAGAUCAAACUGGACUCCCUGCUGCUGUUCUACGAGUGCUCAGAGAACCCAAUGGCCGAGACCUUCCAUCCCACCAUCAUGGGCGAGAGCGUGUACGGGGACUUCAGUGAGGCCCUGGACCACCUACGCAACAAGAUCAUCUGCACCCGGAACCCUGAGGAGAUCCGAGGCGGGGGUCUGCUGAAGUACUGUCACCUGCUGGUGAGGGGUUUCCGGGCCGCCUCCGAGUCAGAGAUGAAGUCCCUGCAGCGCUACAUGUGCUCGCGCUUCUUCAUUGACUUCCCUGACAUCGGUGAGCAGCAGCGCAAGCUGGAGUCCUACCUUCAAAACCACUUUGUGGGCCUGGAGGACCGCAAGUAUGACUACCUGAUGACCCUCCACGGGGUGGUCAACGAGAGCACGGUGUGCUUGAUGGGACACGAGAGGCGGCAGACCUUAGGGCUCAUAGCCAUGCUGGCAGUGCGAGUUCUGGCCGAGCAGAACGUCAUCCCCAAUGUGGCUAAUGUUACAUGUUACUACCAACCUGCUCCUUAUGUGGCAGACGGCAACUUCAGUAACUACUACAUAGCACAGGUACAGCCGGUGUUUGCUUGCCAGCAGCCUGCAUACUCCACCUGGCUGCCCUGUAACUGAGUCAGGCCCGAGGAAAGGUGGAGGGAGAGAAUCUGAUGUGUUUAAACAGGAGUGAGCGGCAUAGUUGCAGCCUCAAACCUGCUCAGUGUUUGACAGCUGACAGAAAAAGAAGUCUUUUUAAAGCUUGUGUUUAUGUUCAUACGUUGAGUAUGAAGAGUUGGCUUUCACUUCAAGCUCGCAUUUCAAUGUGAAUAUCUUGCAUUUCUUGAAAUGCCGAUGUCUUCUGAUCCUGCCCAGGCCAGCCAGGUUUGGAAAAGACUAAUUUUGGGUAGCUUGGAAAUAAAGGCUAAAUGCAAAUGUGUCACAGCCUCGAACGCAAGCAGCAGAACUGUCAUCGAAAGUGUACGAGGCUGAUUGAAUCUGUCGAGAAGUGUUUAGCCAGCGCGUUCCAACAGCAGACCAAACAGCUGCAUCAGUUGAAGUUGACAGCUACUCCACACACACACAAACACACACACGCACGCACGCACACACACACUCUAGGUGAACUCAGAGGUGUGUGCAGGGCUCCAAAAGAAGCACCCUAGACUCUGCUUUCAUGUCAGCUGAACUGAGGUGAGAUGAAUUUAAACCAGUUUGAGUAACAAGCUGGCAUCUCUGCCUUGCAUUUGGAUAUAAUUAUGGUUGUUUACAGACCAAAGAUUUUUUUGAUUGUUUCUAACAUUAAAACCCAAUUUUGAUGGGGAACAAUGAGCGAAAUAUGAAGCUAUGUCUAUUUGUAUAUGUGAAAACACGUGUGUUUUUAAGUGCCUAUUUGCCUCUCAGCAGGCAGAGAAAAGAAUGAGCAGGCCAUAUGAUUUUUGUGAAAUUAACCCCACUCUGUUUAUACACAAGACAAGAGCACCCCAGAGGCUUGUGAAUGUAUACGAGGAAUCGUGCACAGUCAGUGUUUGCAUACGUCUGGGUUGGAAAAGAGCACCGUCAAUGUGGGUUUUGCUGUAAAUUAGCAGUCAGGUGUGUGACUGACGGGUUGUUGCACGAUUCCUGUUUGUCGUGUGAAUUCGAAUUCGGAAGCUCAAAAUUUGACCACCUCAAACAUGCUGUAUUGCAUGCCCCCACUGAAUAUCUGGAGAGGGGAUGACAAGCAUUUUCAGAUCAUCAGCAAACAAACAACGCUGUCACUCACACACGGUUUCCUGUAUAUUUUGUAUAGUGGUGCUUCUUUUUUUCUCAUGUGAGAAAAAAGUAGGUAAAAAAAAAAAAAAGAA